GUUGGACUUGCUUCGGACUUCUCAUCGGGGACUACUAGUUAGUUUCCAUCGCUCCGGAGUUGCGAAUAACCUCAAGUCCCAUCUCGGAUCAAACGGAAUGGGACAGUUGAAUGCCAAGAUGUCCAAAGUUGAACACUUGAUGAGGUUUCGAUAGACCCCCUUCCUUGAGGGUGUUCUAAACUGUGUUUUUCACCACGAAUAAACAACACCUCUCGCAUUCGAUUGCAUCCCAAUGCCCCUGUGUGGCUUUGGCAAGGUGUCGCACACAAUCGCUACACUACGUAAGGCGUCUACGGAAGCACGACAUAACACUGCAGUAUUGUCACACUCCAGAAGAAUAAUCACACCUUCAUCGUACUUCACAAUAGUUACCUCUAUGAUAGCGAUACGAGGAGUCACAAAGUUCGAAGGAGGAAACCGUUCGGCCCUGACCCCGUCUCCCCGCGUCCUCCCUCUCUCCCCCCCUUCUCAAAAAGCUUCCGUGCCGUUCCUUGCCCCGCGCUACGCGGAGAGGUGGGAAAUUCGAGGACUGAAUUACUGUGUCUAGAUCAAUUCUAUUCGAGGGCCCGUAAGUGAGGGGUAAAUGACGAGUUUUAUAACAAGCGAGGGUGGGAUAAUAAUAGCCAGCCGAUGAUGCACAAAGGGACUUUUUGUGUUACACGGCGAGCGACGAGGGUGCUGUCAACGCCGUCAUUAUGGGCACAUUCUGGGCUGAUGCGGCUACGUUGAUCUGGAUAAGGCUACGUACAGCCGUCUGAUAACUGCAUGGUGAUGAGAAGUUGCGGUGAUGAUGAUUUACAUGAGAUGAUUCGAAUCGCGAAUGUAUGUAGCAAGGGUAAGCGCAGAAAUGUCCUUUUUGAAGUGACAUAUGGGAAAUGAGGUGAGC